AUUAUAUAGGUAUAUCUGUAUUCUGCCUCCACUGUACAUGCGUUGCGCGAUUCAUGGAGUAGUGGAAUAAAAUCAAUCUUUUGUUUGUUUUAGAAAAUCCAAUUUCUGUCCGCCUGUUGGAAAUUGGGUACUCAGUGUCUCAGCCAGUCAGUGGUCACUUUGUUGACGAAAAAAGAAAUGUGUCCUUAGUCAGUCUCCAACGAGUAGAAGAUGUCAGAAUAAUCGCAUCGAGGGUCGAGAAUGCUACGGCUGGUUUCUCAUCACAGAUUCAAAAGAUAGUUGGUGUUCAGGACAAUGAGUUUUUCUAAGAUUGAUGCGAAUACCAUUCGGUGUGUUGCCUAGAGGCGAUUUAUCAUUAAGGAUUCAUAUAUUAUAAACUGACGAAAAAAUGGCGGUCAAAAAACACGAGUUGGUACAUGAUAACCGUAAUCAAUUGGAUCUUCAAGCUUUAGAGCAAUACAUUCAGCUGAUGAACGAUCAGACUAACUACAAGCCACCACCUCAGGAACUUGUCAAAAAUUGUCAGGAUAUUGUGAAAUGUCUUGCUCGUGCAUCUGGAAAUGAGGAACAACUGUGGACCCUUCUGCAGACUGUGGAAGAGUACUUGCUGCGAAUUGUGAACACAGUUCACAGUUCUAUACGUCAUGAGAUUGUGACGGCAAUCCUUGACAAGUUUUACACUUUCAUCUCAGAUCCCCAAUCGGAUGCGUGUCCCGCUACCUCUGUAGUGCUGAUCGUGCUGGACUGCUCCGACACGGAGGGCACAUUGUCUGCUGCGCGCUGGCUUGUGCAGCAAGGUGACAAUGGUCCGGCUGGAGCGGGUCUUAGAGCUUCUCUUUCUUGCCUUUAUUGCUGGUUGUACGAGUGGCACGGGACUCCGGCGCUUGGGGAUUGGGUGAUGGCUUUUAUUAAAGCCCUGGAGGAAAAUGAAAGAUUUGACAUACUGAUCGAAGUGUCUGUUGACAAUUUGGGUCGCCUUUUCUUAGCUUUGGAUGAUCCGGUGACCCUACGACAGUCAGUCGCCGACGUGAUUUUCCAUGUGCUGGCAUCACUGCGUGAAUCCACAGAUGCAUUUAACAGGAUUGCCCCGCAUAUUGGACGUGUUUUGGCUAACCUCGCCACUGACAGCGGACAGUGGAGUCGCCAGCUACUGCAAAACUUAGUGGACAUUCUUACGGCCACUGUAGACGGUCUGGUUGAUUCUCUGAAAGGCGAAGCCCAAGAUAUGUUCAAGGAUAAAUAUCAGGACGUGAUCUUGUGCCUGGAGCGUCACAUGGCCUCUCGUGGAUGUCGGUUCCUGCAGCAGACCCCAUGGCGGGCGCGGAACGUGUGCUUGACCAGCGUCAACACUCAUGCUCCCAUGAGGAAGGUCGGACUCCUGAACCUGGGCAACACCUGCUACAUGAACAGCGUGAUGCAAGCUCUACUGGUCACCAGGCAGUAAGUAAUAUUCAACUGUAGUAGCAUUUAUUAUUGAUGGUUUUUGUCGAGACUAAUUUUUUUCUAAACAUGU